UUAACAUGGCAGCGUUAAAUGGCCAUCUUGACGUAGUUCAGUACCUCGUUAGUCGAGGAGCACAGGUUGAGAAGGGCAGUAAUGAUGGUCAGACACCUAUUCACUGUGCAUCAUACGGUGGUCAUCUUGAGGUAGUUCAGUACCUCGUUAGUCGAGGAGCACGUGUAGAGAUCGGCGGUAUUGAUGGUCAGGCACCUAUUCACUGUGCAUCACGCAAUGGUCAUCUUCAGGUAGUUCAGUACCUCGUUAGUCGAGGAGCACGUGUAGAGAUCGGCGGUAAUGAUGGUCAGACACCUAUCCACUGUGCAUCAUCCGGUGGUCAUCUUCAUGUAGUUCAGUACCUCGUUAGUCGAGGAGCACGUGUAGAGAUCGGCGGUAAUGAUGGUCAGACACCUAUUCACUGUGCAUCAUCCGGUGGUCAUCUUCAUGUAGUUCAGUACCUCGUUAGUCGAGGAGCACGUGUAGAGAUCGGCGGUAAUGAUGGUCAGACACCUCUUCACUGUGCAUCACGCAAUGGUCAUCUUGAUGUUGUUCAGUACCUCGUUAGUCGAGGGGCACAUUUUUAGAGCGGCAAUAAUAGGGACUUUUAGAUUGAGUGGACGAGAACAGCGUGAACAUCCACUGGUCAUGCGUGUCAACGUAGUCAACUGCCCCU